UUAUUAUGUUGUGCUCUGCUUUGUAUGAUUGUUUCCUUGUGGUGCGGGGAUUGACCAGACUUGCAUAGUUGAUAACUUGACACUUAGCAAAACAAAGCAAAGAAGCCCUUAUUUGGCGGGUACUCUGGCCUUUGGUCUUGACCGAAACUUGCUGGUUUUUUCUUCAACAUUGCCAUUCACUCUCCUUAAUUCACUGCCUCCAAAAUCCACUUCACACAAAGUUCGUUAAAACCAUCACCAUCUUGGAAAAUUCGUACCUUGGAAAAUAGAGAGGAACGAACAACUACCUUCUUUUCCUCUCUCUUAAUUUCCCAAUUACAACAAAAGACGUAUUCAAUCUAUUUCCCUCCAACAACAAAUUCACCUAACUGCAUUUAUUUCCCCCCAAUUCGUCUCUCUUCGUCUUCAAAUUCAAUCCUCUGCAUUCAUUUCCCCUCCCCGUUUCAAUUAACCAUCCAACCAUAUUGCCAAAUUCUGAAACCCUAGAUUUUCAAUUUCGCGCUCCUAGGGUUCCUGAUUGGUAAACUCUAGGGUUUGUUGAUCUUACCUAUGGAAGGUCAACUUAUCAAGAAGGGUUUGGAUUUCUCUCGAAGGAACAAGAAGUGGCUUCUCCUCGUUGCUCUCUUCGGAGCUUCUGGCUAUGGCGCAUACAAGGCUUACCACUCUCCCUCCGUGGCUCGCAAGAGAGAGCGCCUUAUGAAGCUCGUGAAAGCCUUCGUUUCCCUUUCCGAAUUGGUUGCGGAAUCCUCAGAAACCAUUGCCACCGUGUCCAAGGACCUCAACCGAUUCCUGAAUUCUGAUUCCGACGAGAUCCCCAACAGCUUGAAGCAGUUAUCCAAAAUUGUCACAUCCAAGGAAUGCUCCGCCUCGGUCAAUAAGGUUUCCGAGGCCGUAACGAUUGGACUUUUGCUAGGUCUUAAAACCCAACAGAGCAACGAUAAGAGUCCCGAAUUCAUCACAAACCCUAAUAGCGCCACCGAUAGGGUGUUGGAGAAGCUUUUCUCGAAGGCUGGAACCGGUUUUGCCUCGGUGGUAGUUGGAAGCUUUGCGAGGAAUUUGGUUUUGGGUCUUCAGAGUGCUGAAUUUGGUGUUGCGUCUUCGGAUUCGCCUGCUUGGUUGAAUGUGAUUAGUGAUGAGAGGUGUGGGAAGGUUAUAGGGGACGUUGUACAAGUGUUUGUGAGCACCGCCGUUGCAGUUUUUCUCGACAAAACAAUGGAUGUUAAUAACUUCGAUGAGAUGUUUGCUGGAAUGACCAAUCCAAAACACCAGGAACAAGUUAAGGGGAUUCUGGUUUCUGUGUGCAAUGGUGCCGUGGAAACUUUGGUUAGAACAUCUCACCAAGUCUUGACGAAUUCGAGAACUCAAAAAUCAAAUUUGAGUGCGAGCUCGAGUUCAGGUUCAAAUGUGAAUUCUCUUGUUCUUAGUGGUUCAAUUGUAACUGGAAAUGGGUGCGUUGAGCCAAUUGGAGAAGUUGUUCAGCAUUUCAAAGUUGGAGGCUUGGUUGGUGGUGGUGUUCAGGAUGCAGGAUUGCUUGGCCAGAUCAAAUCGACGAUGGCGGUUCCGGCCAACCGGAGAUUUGUUCUUGAUGUGACGGGGAAGGUGACAAUGGAAGCAUUGAGAUCAUUUGUGGCGUUGUUCUUAUGGAGAAUAUCAGAUGCAUUGAACAGAAGUCUCAAGAACGUCCAUGAUGAAGCUGUGCACAAAGGGUCUGAAGUUGUUAGAUAUGUUGGAGCUAAGUCAUCAGUUAUGUUUACAUUGUUCCUUGCUUUUUACUUGCAUAUUUUGGGUGGCAGUACCCUUGUAUUGCCUGCUUAGUCUGAUGAUUAAACCCUGCCCAGUUAGUUGUAAUUGUAAUGCAGUUUCAUCUUUGAAUAUAAUUCCAACAAAUUCCACUAAUUC